UUUUCCCCACCCGAAACCCUCGCCCGCGGCCGCUCCAUGCCGCCGCCGCCACCGUCUAUGCUAAUGGAAGAGCUCCUCGAGGAGGUCUUCUUCCGCCUUCUGCCGGACGAGCCCGCCUGGCUCGUCCGUGCCUCUGCCGUCUGCAAGCCAUGGCGCUCCAUCCUUGCCGACCCGGUCUUUCGCCGCCGCUAUCGUGAGUUCCAUGGGACACCUCCCGUCCUGGGACUCUUCGAGAAGCUCAGCCCCCGCCUCGUCCCGAUCCCCGCCUUCUUCCCUGCCCAGACCUACCAUCCUGACUGGGCUGCCAUGGACUGCCGCCAUGGUCGUGCCCUCUUCUGCCAGUUUGGGGAGACACGUGACCUCAUCGUGUUGGAUCCUUUGACAGGCCGCCAGUGCCAGGUACCCUCUCCUCCUCACUACCCAGUCUACUUCAGUGCGGCGGUGCUCUGCGCAGCACAAGGCUGCGACCACCACAAUUGCCAAGCCGGGCAUUUUCGUGUGGUCAUGUGUCCUAGUAAGCUUGAGGGAGUCACACUGGGAUGGAUGUACUCAUCGGAGACUCGCCUCUGGACGGAGCUCACCUCUGAUAUUCACCCCACUGCCGAUUAUUACUCUGUCUCGGCUAUGCCUAGCAUCCUUGUGGGCGACGCAGUCUACUUCAAUGUCGAUGCCGUCAUAGAGUGCCAACUUGGUACACUAUGCUUUUCAAUGUUCGAGAAGCCAACUGAUGACAAUGGGACUCUCAUGAUGGUGGAAGAUGACGUGUUGGGUUUUGCUGCCGUGGUGGAUGUCACACUAACCCUGUGGUCUAGGGAGGCCGGACCCGAGGGAGCCAUGGGAUGGAUAAAACUCAGGGUAAUCGAUCUUAAGACACUACUCCCUAAUGUUGCCCUCUUUAUACCAAGUGCAUUGGUUAUCAAUGGCUACGCAGAGGGCACCCAAGUCAUUUUUGUGCGCACAAGUGUUGGUUGCUACAUGGUCGACCUCAAGUUAGGGCGAUCGAGGAAGGUGUCUUAUCAUGGCAGAAAAUCAUUUCCCUACACGAGCUUCUACAUCCCAGAUUCAUGCACUUCUGCAGCAAUGGAAGCAGCUUCUCCGGGCCAAGGGCAGUGAGUUUGUGUUUCAAGAGUCUGCCAAGAUCAAGUUGAUGGAGCAAGGGGGUCGUAGUAACGAUUGAUAUUAGUUAUUGCAGAAGUGUGGCUUUGAAUAUGUGAGAUUACCGCAUGAGUUUGCAUUGGGUUAUAGUUAAACUAUGUUUAAGAUAUCGUUGCUUUUGUGCU